AUGAAUCUAAGAAAAUACAAUGCGCUGAUGCUAACUCCUGCGAUGGAACUGAGAAAAAAAUCCCAGUUAGCCAUGCGUUCUAUGAAAAUGAAGAAUAAAAAUAAUGAUAAAGAAGAAUUUCUAUUUAGAGCAAAGAUAAUGAAUUAUGAUGGUCGAACAAAAAUUACUUUAUCCAACAUAUUAAAGUACUACAAUAUAUAUGAAGUUUAUCAAUUUUCAAAAGCAUACAAUGAGCGUCCUAUUGCAUCACCUGUCGUUACGGAUGAAUAUGUAAUAUCUUUUGAAAACUACGUCAUCUCUAAGCAUUGUUACGAAAAUAUCGAAUUCCUUAAAGAAUCAGACUGUUUUCUACGAUUCUCAGAUGAAGAGCUUGAAGCUAAUCAAGAUUUGAAAAAUGAAUUGGCACAAAAAUGGAAUAAUGUGUUUUAUCCAUAUUUUUUCAAUGAAGAUUCAGAUUCCGAAAUAAAUUUAUCACCUGAACAGUUCAUAAUAUUCAAAAACUAUAAAAUGCUAAACGAAUUGCCCUCGAAACGAGACAUCUUAAAUGCAAGAAGAGAAAUAAUAAGAAUCUUGCAAGAUAUCUUUAGAAUGUUCAACUCCUCAUUCACCACUCACCCCUAG